CCCAAGAUCAACCUUCAGCAUCCAGAAAUCUGACCAAAAAAACACAGCCUCAAACAACUCAUUCUCCUCAUCAUCCUCCUAAACAGCAACCAUGGGUAACGGCGCCAAGGCUCAGCAGAAGCGUGAUCGCAACCAGAAGGAGGGCAAGGUUGCCAAGUCGCAGCUCAAGGUGAACAAGCAGGCCUGCGACAUCCAGUGCCAGAUCUGCAAGUCGACCUUCCUCAAGACCACCAAAGCCCCCGCUCUGACCGAGCACGCCGCCAACAAGCACAGCAAGACCCUAGAGGAGUGCUUCCCGACUUUCGAGCAGUAGAUCGUUCUACCGGCAAGGCUUCAGAAGAAAAAAGCAAUAUGGCGUAGUGGAGAGUGGGAGCAUUCAGCGAGGCGUCUUUGUGGAGCGCAUGGUGGUUGGUGUGAGGUUGACGUUGACGGGCUCAUGAUGGAUGAUAUACACGGUCCUUUUCGCUCUCUGAUUUUGAUUUACGGGAGUUCUUUUAGAUCUGUCUCUAUGUCCUAAACCUCUACACCACGAUAGACAUGUCUUUUGAUUAGUGA